AGGAAGGAGAUGUCAUGAAAUGGGGAAGAAAACACUGAGUGCAAAGGAAAAUGGGAAGGAGAGGCAGCAGCAUGGCGAGCGUCCUGUCCCGGCGCCUUGGAAAGCGAUCCCUUCUGGGAGCCCGGGUAUUGGGGCCCAGUGCCUCGGAGGGGCCCUCGGCCGCCCCACCCUCGGAGCCGCUGCUAGAGGGGGCCGCUCCCCAGCCUUUCAUCGCAUCCGAUGACACCCCCUGCCAGGAGCAGCCCAAGGAAGCCCUCAAGGCUCCCAGCACCUCAGGCCUUCAGCAGGUGGCCUUUCAGCCUGGGCAGAAGGUUUAUGUGUGGUACGGGGGUCAAGAGUGCCCGGGACUGGUGGAGCAGCACAGCUGGACGGAGGGUCAGGUGACCGUCUGGCUGCUGGAGCAGAAGCUGCAGGUCUGCUGCAGGGCGGAGGAGGUGUGGCUUGCGGAGCUGCCUGGCCCUUGUCCCCAGGCACCACCCCUGGAGCCUGGACCCCAGGCCCUGGCAUACAGGCCCGUCUCCAGGAACAUCGAUGUCCCAAAGAGGAAGUCGGACGCAGUGGAAAUGGAUGAGAUGAUGGCGGCCAUGGUGCUGACGUCCCUGUCCUGCAGCCCUGUUGUGCAGAGUCCUCCCAGAGCUGAGGCCAACUUCUCUGCUUCCCGCACGGCCUGCGACCCGUGGAAGGAGAGCGGUGACGUCUCAGACAGCGGCAGCAGCACCACCAGCGGUCACUGGAGCGGGAGCAGUGGCGUCUCCACCCCCUCGCCCCCCCACCCUCAGGCCAGCCCCAAGUAUUUGGGGGAUGCCUUUGGUUCUCCCCAAACUGAUAAUGGCUUUGAGACGGAUCCUGACCCUUUCCUGUUGGACGAACCAGCUCCACGAAAAAGAAAGAACUCUGUGAAGGUGAUGUACAAGUGCCUGUGGCCAAACUGUGGCAAAGUGCUGCGCUCCAUCGUGGGCAUCAAAAGACACGUGAAAGCCCUCCACCUGGGGGACACAGUGGACUCUGACCAGUUCAAGCGGGAGGAGGAUUUCUACUACACCGAGGUGCAGAUGAAGGAGGAAUCUGCUGCUGCUGCUGCUGCUGCUGCUGCUGCUGCUGCUGCGGGCCCGCCCGUCCCUGGGACUCCCACCGCCGAGCCAGCUCCCACCUCCAGCAUGACAGGCCUGCCCCCAUCCGCUCUUCCACCACCUCUGCACAAAGCCCAGUCCUCCCGCCCAGAACACCCUGGCCCGGAGUCCUCCCUGCCCUCGGGGGCUCUCAGCAAGUCAGCUCCUGGGUCCUUCUGGCACAUUCAGGCUGACCAUGCAUACCAGGCUCUGCCGUCCUUCCAGAUCCCCGUCUCGCCCCACAUCUACACCAGCGUCAGCUGGGCUGCUGCCCCUUCCGCUGCCUGCUCCCUCUCUCCGGUCCGGAGCCGGUCGCUAAGCUUCAGCGAGCCCCAGCCGCCAGCACCUGCAGCGAAAUCUCACCUGAUUGUCACUUCUCCACCCCGGGCCCAGAGCGGAGCCAGGAAAGCCCGAGGGGAGGCCAAGAAGUGCCGCAAGGUGUACGGCAUCGAGCACCGGGACCAGUGGUGCACGGCCUGCCGGUGGAAGAAGGCCUGCCAGCGCUUCCUGGACUGAGCCGGCCCGCAGCCUCUGCUCUGCCCCUGCGCUGCCGGCAGCCGCUGACAAGGAGCGGAGGGUCACCAGCUCUGGGCAGACGCCGAAAGAGAAAGAACGGCCGCGCAGAGCUUGGGCUCUGUUGGCUAAGGUGUAACACUUAAAGCAAUUAUCUCCCAUUGCAGGAACAUUUUAUUUUUUAAAAAAAGAAACAAAAAUAUUUUUUUUCCCUCUAAAAUAGGAGAGAGCCAAAACUGACCAAGGCUACUCAGCAGUGGAGCAGUGACCAAAGAAUUAACUGCCCUCCGUCUCCCACGGCCCCCACCCCCGCUCUGGGGGUUUAGCUCGUGCGGAGCAAAAGAAGGAACGGCUCGUUCUGCUUCCUGCUGAGUCCGUGAAUUCUUUGCUUUCUCAACUCUUCCAGAAAGGACUGUGCGCAAGAUGCAUUUACUUUUCUUAAAAAAAAAAAAAAAAAAAAAAAAAAAAGAGUUUCUGGCUGAUGGGUGACUCAGAGUGCAGGAGUGCCUGGCCGGGGUGCGGAAGAGGGGUUUGCUCUUCUCGGAGGGUACCUCCUGCCCCCUGGCUGAGCACCCUGCACGGAAGUCAAAGGAAAGCCCUUUCUUGGUGACAGCGACUUAAAUCUGGGUUCCUUCAGACAUUGGGUUGCACCCCAACAAAUAUUAAAUGGCUUCUUCUUAAAGCCCAGAGUAAGAGAUUUUUUAAAAGACUGUCGCCAAGUAGCUGAGCCAAAAGGCUGAUCAGAAUUCACUUUUUGAAAUGUGGCAGUGAAACACUACCUUGAGCAUUCCCUCCUCUCGUCGAGGCAGUCCGUGAGGGUUUGAGCGUCUGGAAACUCUCUGCUCUGACCCGAGGAAGCGCCCUCCUGCCGCCGCCUCCCUCCGCUUGUGGAAAGGACACCUCAGAAAUGCCGUGUUUUCUUUUCUGAUGUAUUCAGAAGCCUUUGCUGGUUCAAGUUUCCUUUUAUUUCGGUGGCCGGGAGAGUCCCA